AUGACUCGAAGCGCUACGUUUUCCAGACUUACCAAUGAGACCAAGGUCCAGAUCGCCCUCAGCUUGGAUGGCGGUCCCAUCAGCUUAGAGGAGUCGAUCUUCAAGGACCGGCCCAAGGUGGACCACGCCGCCCAAGCCACCUCGUCGCAAGUGAUCUCGGUGGAAACCGGGAUUGGUUUCCUCGACCACAUGUUGCACGCCCUUGCUAAGCACCUGGGAUGGCUGUUGAUUGUUGAGUGCAUCGGUGACUUGCACAUCGACGACCAUCACACCGCUGAGGACGUCGGUAUCGCUCUUGGUCAAACCUUCCACAAGGCGCUUGGCCACGUUAAGGGGGUGAAGCGGUUUGGUACCGGGUUCGCUCCCCUUGACGAAGCCUUAUCUAGAGCCGUGGUUGAUCUUUCCAACCGCCCUUAUGCCGUGGUCGAGCUUGGCCUCAAACGAGAGAAGAUCGGCGACUUGCUGUGUGAAAUGAUCCCCCACGUGCUCGAGCUGUUCGCCCAAGGGGCGGCCAUCACCAUGCACGUCGACUGCUUGCGUGGGUUCAACGACCACCACCGGGCGGAGUCGGCAUUCAAGGCGUUGGCGGUGGCGAUUCGCGAGGCCAUCUCGCUGAACGGUACUAACGAUGUGCCUCUGACCAAGGGUGUGUUGUUUUAG